AUGGAUCCAAUUAGUGCCUUGUCAAUUGCCACGGGCAUCGUCGCUUUUGUCGACUUCGGGGCCAAGUUGGUCUCGCUCUGGCUAGAGAUUCAAGGAUCCGAAGAUGGUCGCCCCGCAGCAUUGUCCGCUCUCGAGACCGAAUCACGGGAGCUCUGGGCAAAUGCAUCCCAUGCUAGAGACAAGGUCGCGAGCCUCCAGGCGCGAUAUCCCGGGCAAGCCGAAUCGCUCGCUAAACUCGCCGCCCAAUGCACCCAAGCUGAGAAGGACUUGCGGACUCUCACAGACAGCUUGAGAGCCAAGCCUGGCCAUGGUUUGCGCGCCCGGGGCGCCCAAGUAUUGGUCUCCAUCCGCGGCAUCCAGAAGCAGGGCGACAUUGAAGCGCUACAGGGCCGACUGAGGAGCAUUCGCGAGCAAACAAUGAUGAGCCUGAUCAUGUGUAUCUCGUAUCUUGACAACGUCGACAGCAGUAUUGAGGAGGUCCUAGACAUUCUCCAUCCCAUAAGAAUGACCAUCGACAACCUUCAACCGGCGUUCCACAACAUUUCUCGAAACCGGCCUUUGACGACCACGCUUGAGAGGGAUAAUAUCGCGAAGGGACUGUGGACUAGUAUAGUCACAGCUGACCAGCCCCAUUCCCAAACCUUUCCUGGCCAUAUUGGGGAACCAUUCAAGGAUAACAGCCACAUCUACAACAAGAUCCUGAGGAGCCUUGAGUUCGAGGACAUGGCAGCUCGGGAGAGCCAAAUCGACAAUGCUUUCCCCGAAACCUUUCAAUGGCUUCUUGAUGACAACGGUUCCCAGACCGGCAAGCCUUCGCCGACACCGCCGACGAAAUUCAAGGAAUGGCUGGAGUCACAUGACAACGAAACCCCGUUUUGGAUUACAGGCAACCCAGCUUCCGGGAAGAGCACGUUGAUGAAGUUUAUCUGCACGAAUGAUCAGGUCCAGACUCACCUCCGGGUGUGGUCUGACCAGUUUCGACUGCUCACAUGCAGCGUCUACCUUUGGAAUCCAGGAUCAUUGAGGCAGAAAAGUCAAGUCGGCCUCCUAUCCAUGAUGCUCCACCAGCUUCUCUACCAGCGACCAGACCUUUGCCGCGUCGUCGCCCCGAGGCGGUACUUGUACUUCCAAGUUGCCGGAACAGAUUCGCCCCAUCCACCGGAUUGGACUAUCGAAGAGCUCCGGGACGGUAUUACUGGAUUCGUUUCCCAGAUCGAAGGUGCCAACCGCCUUGCCUUUUUCAUCGACGGUCUUGAUGAAUAUGAAGGCAACCUCGAAAAGCUUGUAUCCUUCCUCAAGCAGCUCCAUCACAGCCAUAAGGUCAAGCUUUGCGUCUCCAGCCGGCCUUGGAAUCUGUUUAAGGACGAAUUUCGUACAUACCCGUCGUUGAGAAUGGAACUUCUUACCAAGCCCGACAUCGAGAAGUAUGUCCAUACGCGUAUAGGUAGCACCCCUGCGUUCCAAGAGCUACGUGCACUUCAGUCUGCUAGCGUUGAGAAUCUGGAGUCCCAGAUUAUCGAGAAGGCGGAAGGUGUCUUCCUCUGGGUGGUCUUGGUCGUCGAGAAAGUGAUCGCCACAGCUCGUGAGAAUAAUGACCUUCACGAGAUCUCGAGAGUUUUCAAUUCCUUGCCACCUGGACUGGAGGAAUUGUAUGAUUCGAUGCGCAGACGCCUUGGCCCCGCCCACCGCAGUAGGGCGGCGACAAUGUACCAGCUGGUCUUUCGAUGGAACGAGAUCGCAAGCCGGCCUUUUGGUGCACUCGAGUUCUGGAUGGCUAUUAACUGUCACAAUCCCAGUGACUUGCCGGCCUGCCCUCUGGACGAUCAAGUUACGGAAAUCUUACCUAUGUUGGAAAGGCGGUUGGCUGGAGCGACCGGUGGGAUUUUACAAGUUCUUCGCGUGGAUACUCCCGAGAGAAACCUUGUUCGGUCAUCCCAAGCGACAUCCGUUGGGUUCCUCCAUCGAACGGCGUUUGACUGGCUGAAGGCUAUCAGUUAUAAAAUCGUCCAAGACGGCCCUGUGAACUACGACCCGGGGCUG